AUGGCAGAAACUACAGAAAUUACAAAUACAAACAAUGAGUCAGGUUAUAAAUUUUUUACUUCAGGUGCACCAAGGCAACCAAAUGAAAGUGCAUUUAAAUAUAAUUUUCGAAAAUUAUUUACUAUAAAAACAUUUGAAAGUAUGGAUGAAGAUCAACGAAAAUCGGAACUUAGAAAGUCUUUAAGUGCCUUUGAAUUAAUCAUGCUUGGUUUAGGCGGUAUAAUUGGAAGUGGUAUAUUUGUUUUGACAGGUGAGGCUGCUGCGACAAAAGCAGGGCCUGCUGUCGUUAUAUCUUUUAUAUUGGCUGGAAUUGCUGCUAGUUUUGCAGCGCUCUCUUAUUCAGAGUUAGCUUGCAUGAUCCCAAUUUCAGGUUCAUCAUAUACUUAUGUGUAUGCCACUAUGGGUGAGCUUGUGGCUUGGAUUAUUGGUUGGGAUUUGACCUUGGAAUAUUUGGUGGGGGCAGCAGCAGUAGCUGUUGGUUGGUCUGAAUAUUUUACUCAAUUUUUUUACGAGGGUUUUGGUGUCACAUUUUCACCAGCGUGGACUAACUCGCCAGUUCAGUGGGAUCAAGCAUCCCAAAGUUUUAUACGAGGUCAAGGAUAUAUGAAUAUUCCUGCGCUUGUUGUCGUAUUACUCUUGACUACUUUACUCGUCAUAGGAAUUAAAGAAUCAGCUAGAGUUAAUGCAAUAAUUGUCAGCGUUAAACUUUUUGUUUUAUUAUUGUUCGUAAUUGCUGCUGGAAUUCAUAUCAAUGCUGAAAAUUACAAACCAUUUAUUCCACCAAAUCAAGGACAAUUUGCGAGUUUCGGUGUUACUGGAAUAUUAGCGGGAACUACUGUAGUUUUUUUUGCAUAUAUCGGAUUUGAUUCUAUUUCAACUAUUGCACAAGAAUCCGUAAAUCCAAAAAGAGAUUUACCAAUUGCAAUUAUGGGGAGUUUUUGUAUCGUAACAGUUAUUUAUGUCGUCGUAAGUGUCGUGUUGACCGGUGUAGUAUCAUACACAAAGCUUGGUAGUUCAGCGCCAUUAUCGGUAGCGGUUAAUGAAACGGGGAUGAGAUGGUUAGGAAUAAUUGUAGAUCUCGGUGCAGUAUGUGGUCUGUUAUCAGUCAUUCUUUUAUUAUUGGCGGGACAACCACGUAUUUUCUUCGCAAUGGCAAAUGAUGGAUUAUUCUUACCUGGAAUUGCUUCCAAGGUUCAUCCAAGAUUUGGUACACCAUACAUAAUAACUAUAAUAGGAGGUGUAAUUUGCGCAAUAGCAGCAGCGGUGUUCCCAAUCGGAGUACUCUCAGAAUUAACAUCAAUUGGUACAUUAUUAGCUUUCUUUCUAGUAAAUAUAGGGGUAACAAUAUUAAGAUAUACAGCACCAGAUGUACCUAGAAGAUUUAAAGUACCAGGUGGUCCAUUUUUAAUUCCGUUGUUAGGUGCAGCAUUGUCAUUGGUAUUAUUGGGAUCAGCAUCAACUGCAAGUAUUGCUAGACUGUUUAUUUGGAUGGCAAUCGGAUUAGUUGUAUAUGCGUUUUAUGGAAGGAGGCGUUCCAAAGCAAAUAAUCCGGAAUUAAGAGAUAAAAUAGAUACUCCAAAUAAAGAGCAAGAUUCGGAAAAAUUUACGAAUGAUGAUGGUGAGCAGUACAGGGAUAAUGCGAAUCAUUAG